AUGAAGAGAAGGCGUUUCUACGAUCUGAAGCAUCCAUUUGAUCCAUGCCCUUUCGAGAUCUUCUGCUCUGGUACAUGGAAGGCUGUGGAGUACAUAAGGAUCGAAGAUGGGAACAUGACAAUACGUCUUUUAGAGGACGCUUAUGUGUUGGAAGACAUCCGUCCAUUCCAAAGGCUUCGUCUCAGAUCAAGAAAGGCCACUUUGAGCGACUGUAUAUGUUUCCUUCGGUCUGGUAUCGAUGUUUGUGUUCUCUAUCCUCUUCACGAGGAUGACUUGGAACCGGUUUGGGUAGACGCGAGGAUUGUUUCCAUGGAGAGGAUGCCUCAUGAAUCAGAAUGCUCUUGCAAGAUCUACGUCAGAAUAUAUAUAGACCAAGACUGCAUUGGAUCAGAGAGACAAAGAAUCAACAGAGAUUCCGUGGUCAUCGGUCUAAACCAAGUCUCCAUUCUUCAAAAGUUUUACAAGGAACAAAGUAGUGAUCAGUUCUACAGGUGGAAGUUCUCAGAGGACUGUACUUCACUGAUGAAAACGAGACUGUCGUUGGGAAAUUUCUUGCCGGAUCUUUCUUGGCUGGUUGUAACGUCGGUUAUGAAAAGCAUUGUGUUUCACAUAAGAGCAGUGCAAACCAAGGUGGUUUAUCAGAUUGUAACAGAUGAAGGCUGUAGCAGCUCUCUGAGCUCGAUGAAUAUUACAGUUGAAGACGGUGUUUCGUUAUCGAAAGUUGUUCAGUUUAAUCCGGCGGAUAUAGUUGAGGAUUCUUCUCAAGAUCCUGAUGUAAAGCAAGAAACAGAGUUCUACCGGGAAGAAGAUGAGGUAGUGGAACUGCGUCGGUCCAAGAGAAGAAAUGUGAGACCGGAUAUAUAUUACGGAUGCGAUUAUGAGCAAGAUACAAAUGAAGGUUGGGUUCGGAUGAUGCCAUAUCGGUAUGGAAAAGGGGCCGUCGUUAGUAUGGAGAGUGAGGACGACGAAGAAGAUGAAGGUAGCGUUGAGGAUGGUGAUACUACUAAUGAUGAUUUGUAUGUACCUUUAUCGCAUCUCGUCAAGAACAAAAGAAGUAAAUCUCAAGAACAGGGAAGUAGACAAGGCGAGAUUGUUUUGGUAGAGAAGAGGAGAGUGCGUGGACUUGGUCGAAAACAGAGGAAAACAGAGCUUUCGGUUAUUCCUUUCACUCCGGUGUUUGAGCCUAUACCGUUGGAACAGUUUGGUCUUAAUGCUAGUUGUUUGGUCGAGGGUGGCGGUUUCUCAAGAAACCAGUACUUCGAUGAGAUUGAGAAGUACCGAAGCAAAUCGGUGAAAUACGGGAAGAAAAUGACGGAGAUGGAAGAGAUGAUGGAAUCUGAUCUAUGUUGGAAAGGUCCUAACCACGUGAAGCCGGCUCAAAAACGAAUAUUCCGAUCAACAUCCAGGUCCGGUUCUCGGAAAGCAAAGGAUUCCGGUGAACCACGGGUCUACAAGAAAGUAACGUUGAGCGCAGGUGCGUAUAACAAGCUGAUAGAUACAUACAUGAACAACAUUGAUAUAACAAUCGCAUCCAAGGACGAGCCGACCAGUGUUGUUGACCAGUGGGAGGAGUUAAAGAAGACAAAUUUCGCAUCUAGACCGAACAGAGAGAUGGAAGAAACAUCGAGCGAGGAUGAUGAGGGAGAGACUUCAGAGAACGAGAUGUUAUGGAGAGAAAUGGAACUCUGCUUGGCUUCUUCAUACAUUCUUGACGACAACGAGGCAAGAGUGGACAACGAGGCUUUUGAAAAAGCGAAAAGUGGUUGUGAACAUGACUAUAUGCUGAACGAAGAAAUCGGGCUGUGUUGUAUGUUAUGUGGUCAUGUAGGAACUGAGAUCAGACAUGUGUCUGCACCUUUUGCGGAACAAAAGAAAUGGACUAUAGAGACUAAGCAAAUCGAAGAAGGUGACCUAAAGACAAGAUUGAGCCACAAGGAAGCCGAAAGCGAAGAUUUCACUACGUCAAGUGAUUCUUCUGAAAUUCUUGCAGCUGAAGAAAGUGACAACGUGUGGGCUUUAAUACCUCAUCUCAAGAGAAAACUACAUAUGCAUCAACGACGAGCGUACGAGUUUCUUUGGAGAAACCUAGCAGGAUCUGUAGAACCCGCGCUUAUGGAUCCUACUUCAGAUGACAUAGGAGGUUGCGUGGUCUCUCAUUCCCCCGGAGCUGGUAAAACAUUCCUAAUGAUCGCUUUCCUCACGAGCUACUUGAAGCUAUUUCCCGGGAAGAGACCUUUGAUUCUUGCUCCAAAGACAACUCUCUAUACUUGGUACAAGGAGUUCAUCAAAUGGGAGAUCCCAGUCCCGGUUCAUCUGAUCCAUGGACGAAGAACCUACUGUGUGUUCAAGCAGAACAGCUCGGUUCAGUUCAAUGGAGUCCCGAAACCGAGCCAAGAUGUUAUGCAUGUUCUUGACUGCUUAGAGAAAAUACAGAAAUGGCACGCGCAUCCGAGCGUUCUUGUAAUGGGCUACACCUCGUUCCUGACUCUGAUGAGGGAAGACUCCAAGUUUGCUCACCGGAAAUACAUGGCUAAAGUGCUAAGAGAGAGCCCAGGGCUUCUUGUUCUUGAUGAAGGACAUAACCCGAGGAGCACCAAGUCGAGAUUACGCAAGGCCCUGAUGAAAGUUGGUACUGACUUAAGGGUACUUCUUUCAGGUACUUUGUUCCAGAACAAUUUCUGCGAGUACUUCAACACUCUGUGUUUGGCUAGACCCAAGUUUGUUCAUGAGGUUCUAAUGGAGUUGGAUCAGAAGUUCAAAGCUAACCAAGGUGUGAAUAAGGCGCCUCACCUGCUAGAGAACAGAGCUCGUAAACUCUUCCUCGACAUCAUUGCCAAAAAGAUUGAUGCAGGAGUGGGAGAUGAACGUCUUCAAGGUCUCAAUAUGUUGAAGAAUAUGACCAACAGCUUCAUUGAUAACUACGAAGGAAGUGGAAGUGGAAACAGCGAUGGUCUUCCCGGUUUACAGAUCUACACAUUGCUGAUGAACUCGACUGAUGUACAGCAUAAGAUACUGACAAUGCUUCAGAAUGUAAUGGGGACUUAUCACGGGUUCCCUCUCGAGCUCGAGCUUCUGGUCACAUUGGCAGCUAUACAUCCUUGGUUGGUCAAGACCACAACCUGUUGCGCUAAAUUCCUGAACCCGCAAGAACUCUUGGAGAUCGAGAAGCUCAAGCACGACGCCAAGAAAGGAUCUAAAGUCAUGUUUGUGCUAAACCUGGUGUUCCGAGUGGUCAAGAGGGAGAAAAUCUUGAUAUUUUGUCACAACAUUGCGCCAAUCCGUCUGUUUAUCGAACUGUUUGAGAACAUUUUCAGGUGGCAGAGAGGCAGAGAGAUCUUGACCCUAACCGGUGAUCUCGAGCUGUUCGAGAGAGGCAGAGUGAUAGACAAAUUUGAAGAACCAGGAAACCCGUCCCGAGUCUUGCUAGCCUCGAUCACAGCUUGCGCAGAAGGGAUUAGUCUGACCGCUGCUUCACGGGUCAUCAUGCUCGACUCCGAAUGGAACCCUUCAAAGACAAAGCAAGCAAUUGCCCGUGCGUUCAGACCGGGACAGCAGAAGAUUGUUUAUGUCUAUCAGCUCUUAUCUAGAGGAACUUUAGAGGAAGACAAGUACAAGAGGACGACAUGGAAAGAAUGGGUUUCUAGCAUGAUAUUCAGUGAGGAGUUUGUUGAAGACCCGUCUCUGUGGCAAGCUGAGAAGAUUGAAGACGAUGUUCUUAGAGAGAUCGUUGGGGAAGAUAGAGUUAAAUCUUUCCAUAUGAUCAUGAAGAAUGAGAAGGCUUCAACAGGGUGA